AGGAACACUUAUACACCUGCUGCUUUGAGUAUUUCAGGAACUGCUAAUCUCCUGGGAUUUUCAGGACACACACGGCAGUUCUGCAGGAGGAAACACCUUGUUUAUGAGAGAAGUCAGAAGAGAAUUGCCAGACUGGUUCAAUCUGACAGGAAGGCUACGGUAACUCAAAUAAUCACUCUUUACAUCCGUGGUGAGCAGAAAAGCAUCUCAGAAUGAUGAUGCACAACAAGCCGAACAGCCACAUCGGUUUCCACGCCCACAUUUUUUUUAUUUUUCAGCGUUCUGAUGUUAUAUAGUUCGUACAACAUGUAAAAUGUCUUUUCUUGCUUUUCUUCAUUCCGUCAUCUGUUUAUGGUUUUUCGUUAUUGAGUUUAUUUCUUUGUUUGUUGGAGAGGAAGAAGUGAUUUACCAUUUUGGAGCCUUGGAGUCAAAAACUUUCUACCAAGUUUCAUUCAUCCAGGUGCAAAAACUUACUUAUAUUGUGCAAUAAGAGGUUGCUGUUGGUGGAUGUGAUCAUUUUAUUUGUGUCUCAGGAGCUGUAUAAAGAUUUUCCAAUAUGUCUAAGGAGGUAAUGAAUGAGAUGUUUAUUUCCAUAAACAAGGACGCUGAGAAGGUGCACAGUCACGUUUGUAGUUCCACAUGAAUAAGAGUUCUACGUAUUAAAGAUUAGAUUAUAAAGUAGUAAUACUAUACACCAAUUUCUUGCGUAUUAGUGCUUUCUGAAAAUCUUGAAUAAAUCCCAAAUCAUUCAAUUAGGACAAUUUAGAAUGAACUGGAAAUGUAUCUUUAAGCAUUGUACCAUUUUCACCAGAUUUUCCCACAGGUAUUAUAUUGUAUACUGAAAUAUCACAAUAUUUUUGUCUUUUCAUCAUACUAUAUAAUACUAUUGGAAGUAUUAUUAUAUCUUUUUAUUUAUUAUAGAAAGGAAUGUAGGCCCUGCUGAUAAUUAAUGAAAAUUAAAAAUAAUCAAAAUUAAAUUUAAGAAUGUAAAAUUAAAAUACAAUUUUAAUAAUCUUAGAUCAUGCCACCAUUUUUCGCUACAUUAUUUGUCAUUUUAUAUUGUUUUAAAUCCUACCUUACAGUGUGUUUUCUAUUAUAAAACAGCUCCUCGUGGGGGCGUGGGCGUGUCCGUGCCGGCCAGGAAACAUUCUGAUUGGUCAGGCUGAGAGACGGGGCGGGGCUUAUAAGCGGCAUUCAUUUUCUCUUCCGGACUGUGAGACUGCGUUUAAGGACAAACCCGGCUUCAGAGAAGCGACACUUUGUAAACAGACAGCAACGCGCUUCUGUGAAAUGCCUUACUGAUAGUAUUAUAAGUAAUAUAAAAGUUUUUAUGCAGAUUUGUGUGUGGAAAAGGGAGCUUUGAGGAUCACGGAUUCUUUAUUGUCUUGUCGGUUGUGUUGUUGUGGAGCUCCACUGCAUGUUCUCACACUGCAAGAUGAUCUCGAGAAGUGUCUCCUGUCUUUCUGAUCGUUUUGGUCUCAGUACAGGCUGAUCGCAUGAGAUCACACUGGCUGCUGUUCUUCACUGAUCCUCUGAUGAUCAGUCAUUUUGCUGCACUACUUCCUGUCACGUGUCUCCACUCCAGUACAAAACUACAUCAUGAGGCUGACUGUGGUUAUUGGCUGCAUCUUUACUUUUGUCCUGGUGGACACUGUGGUCUCCACCGUCCUCUACGUCCAGUGGUCUGGUCCAGAUUCGUUCUUGGAUGACAUCCUGGACUUUGACGUCUAUCGCUCGGUCUUGGAUCUGUGGGUGGUGCUUCUGGUGCGUUCCUGCCUCCUUUUCGGUGCCUCUGUAGGCGUCCUGAUAAACCAGCAAGAUGGCCCGAAACGCGUUGCAUCCUUGGACACUCUGGUGGUGCUCAUCGGUCUCACCAUGCUCUCCUAUGCCCUUGCCAAGCUCCUGAUAUUCUCCGAGAUGGGCACUCUGAUGCAUGACCCUUGGUUCCUCAGCUUGUUCUCGUGGACUUGCAUCUCUGCAAUGGGGUCUGUGUUCUUCUGGAAGCUCCUGAGCACCACAGAUGUUGCCAGGUCAGGUGUAGGAGAGAGGGAGAGGCUGGUGGAUGGAGGAGAGGCGGAGGAACGAGAAGAGGAAGGUGAGAUGAGAAGGAAAGAGGUGAAACAGAAGCCGAAUUCCGGGGCCACUCUGGGACGUCUGUUGUCGUACUGUAAGAAGGACGCAGGGCUUCUGUCCCUUGCCUUCUUCUUCCUCCUCCUCUCGGCCGUGUGUGAGGCCUUUAUCCCCUAUUUCACCGGGAAAGCCAUCGAUGGCAUAGUGAUCCAUAAAAGUAUGGAAUAUUUCAUCAAACCGAUGGUUAUUCUCACUGUUUUGGCCCUCGUCAGUUCCCUGGCCGUUGGAUUUCGUGGCGGUGUGUUCUCGUUGACAUUCGCCAGGCUUAACAUUCGACUGCGGAACCUGCUUUUCCGCUCGUUGAUGCAUCAGGAGAUCGGCUUCUUCGAUGCUAAUCAUACAGGUGACAUCACAUCACGGCUGACCUCAGACACCACGCAGGUGAGUGACCUCAUCUCGCAGAAUGUCAAUCUGUUCCUGCGCAGCUUCGUCAAGGCAGUCGGAUUCCUAAUCUUCAUGUUCGGCAUGUCGUGGAAGCUGUCGCUCGUCACCAUCAUGGGCUUUCCAUACAUUGCUGUGGUUUCUAAGCUCUACGGCGAGUAUUACAAGAAACUAACCAAAGAGGUGCAGACAUCACUGGCUCAGGCCAACAAAGUGGCGGAGGAGACGAUCUCGGCCAUGCGGACGGUGCGCAGCUUCGCCGGCGAAGAUCAUGAGGCUGAGUCUUAUUACACCAAGCUGUUGGAGGUGUUUGCGCUCAACAAGAAGCAAGCUGUAGCCUACGCCUGCUUUAUGUGGUCCAGCUGUAUUUCGGAGCUGGCAUUGCAGGUGGCUAUGCUGUUUUAUGGAGGACACUUGGUGGUGACGGACCAGAUGAGCGGGGGAACUCUCAUUUCUUUUAUCAUCUAUGAGCUUGAACUUGGGGAAUGUCUGGAGAGCAUCGCAUCCGUCUAUACAGGUCUGAUGCAGGGCGUAGGAGCUGCAGAGAAGGUCUUUGAGUACAUUGACAGGACGCCCAAACACUCUCUCGAUGGCCAAGAAGCUCCAGAUAUGUUGCAAGGCCUGGUAGAGUUCAAGAACGUGACAUUCGCUUAUCCUACAAGACCCGAGACCAAUGUCCUUAAGAACGUGUCCUUCAGUAUCCAGCCAGGGGAGGUGACAGCUCUGGUGGGUCCCUCAGGGAGCGGUAAAAGUUCCUGUGUUUCUCUGCUGGAGAACUUUUACACACCUCAGAAUGGCCAAGUGCUGCUGGACGGCCGGCCGAUUGAGACGUACCAGCAUGGCUACCUUCACUCCAAGGUAGCGCUGGUUGGACAAGAGCCAGUCCUUUUCGCUCGCUCUGUACAGAAGAACAUCGCCUAUGGUCUUCCUGCCGUUCCUGCGGAAGUUGUAGUCACAGCUGCCAAAAAGGCCAAUGCUCACAACUUCAUCUGCAGCCUCUCUAAGGGCUACGAAACGGGUGUCGGGGAGAAGGGAACUCAGCUCUCAGGAGGGCAGAAGCAGAGAGUGGCCAUCGCUCGCGCCUUAAUCCGAAACCCAAGCGUGCUCAUUCUGGACGAGGCCACCAGCGCGCUGGAUGCUGAGAGCGAACACAUGGUCCAGCAGGCUCUGAAUGCUGUGAUGGAGAACUACACAGUCCUGGUGAUCGCCCAUCGCUUGAGCACGGUGCAGCACGCCAACACUAUUGUGGUGCUGGACAAUGGUGUUGUGGCGGAGCAGGGCAACCACGACGAGCUGAUGGACCGCCACGGCCUCUACUACAGACUCAUCCAGAGGCAGAUGCUGGGGUCUGACAGCACCACUGAGCCUCCGCGUCCAUUCUUAGAGACGCCUCGGCACCGGGAAGAGGAAGAGGACGAGAGCAGUGGGGACGAAAACGUCCCAAGAUAUUGAUCUGUUUAUUCUGUUUUAGCACUGGAUUUGACAUGUGCGGACAUAAAACCUACCUCGAUUCUUUAAAACACUGUUAGUUCGCUCCAGCGGGAAGGUAGCCUAGGUAGGCAGCCUUUUUGGGCAGUAAUUGAGCACGCCCAAGAAAAGGCCUGUCCCAAUCCAAAGACAGCUGCUCAAUGAGGUGACUUUUUCUGGCCAGAUUUGAAGGCAAUCCCAUGAUUCCUUUGGCCAUACCAUUUGCCUCACACCUCUGGAUUUGGGGGUUCGAAUCCCACCUCCGCUCUGUGUGCGCAGAGUUUGCAUGUUCUCCCUGUGCUUCGGGGUUUUCCUCUGGGUACUCCAGUUUCCUUCCCCAGUCCAAAGACAUGCUCUGCAGGCUGAUUAGCAUUACCAAAUUGUCCUUAGUGUGUGAAUGUGUGUGUGAUUGUGCUCUGGAAGGGUGUCCCUUGCCGUGUGUCCCAAGUUCCCUGGGAUAGGCUCCAGGCCUUUGGAGGCCUGUGGAUGGAUAGCCAUAGGCCAUGGCCGAACAGGAUGUCACUCUGAAGGAACAUGUAUGUUAUUUGUGUAUGUACUUAUUUGUGAUGAUAUUUGUUACAAAUAAAGUAGUAAUUUAUUUACUACUUUAUUUAGUAAUAAUUGUCCAUGUAUUAUUUGUGAGACUAUAUGAGAACGUGGAUAUGCCUCCUUCUUGACGCAGCCAGUUCUUCUUCCUUGAUCAAUUCCCAAAGGAGUGCAAGCACAAGGCCAUAUCUGCCCCUAGUUCCAGAUCCAUGCUGCUGGAAAGUAAAUGCUGUCUUUCAUUUGAGCUGCACAUUGUAAAACUUCAGAAUAUGGUGUGUUAGAACAGAUUUUUGCAAUCUACAAGCAGCAGGUAUGUCAUGCAAUUUCACUGUAACCGUAAUUUAUGCACUGUAUACUGUACAUUCAAAUAAGUAUGUUAGUAAUAACAUAUUGGACCAUGGUGCCAGUGGUUAUAAUCAAUCUGAACAUCUUCACAAUAAACGUGAGUGAUGUCUUACUUGA